UACAUUUUUGUGAGCGCAAUAUUUGAUGUGAAAAACAAACAGAAUUGAUUCGAAAAUCUAAUUGAUUAUAAUUAUUUGACAGAAGGAAUUGUUUCUGAAAUAAUCUAAUUUCGAUUAAAUAAUAAUGUUGGAAAUUAAUAUAAAAAUGCUAUUACCAUUCAAAAAGGAACGUUUGUUUGUCGCUGACAAUUCGUUUAUAUUCGGGUUAUGGACGAUUUAUUUCGAAUGUUUCGAGCAUCGAAAACUUAUAUACAUUCAUCGAAUAAACAGCAGAUGGUCAAUUGUAAAGAUGAUUUGAAUGCGGAGAAAUCGACAAAUAUAAUCGGACAAAACUCUAUCACAACGAUCAAAAUUCCUAUUAAUAGUUCAACAUCAUCAUCAUGGUUGAAUGUGGAUAGAAAUGUAUACAAUAAAUGGUCAUUUCCUAACAACAAUCAAUGUAAUCACGUUUCAUUUGAAAAAUGGGAAGAAAUAUGGAGUACAAACAUCAAGGAACGAGCAUCAACAUUAGAAGGCGUCGUAUUUAUUAAUCCAAAUUUUGCUCGUCUUUAUUUUGUACCAUCGAUUGCAUUUCAUUGUGAAUUUGAUGAAUACAAUGAAUAUCCAGCAGCUAAUCUGCAAAUAUUGACGCAUAAGGGUUCUGAUUAUCAUGAUAAAUGGAUGAGAACGAUGAUUCAACCGACAUCAUGUUAUAUUUCAAUGCAUUGUUGUUAUGUGACUGAAAUUAUUGAUCGUUACUGUAUACGUUGUCCACAUCUGUCAAGAAUAAGUUUCCAUUAUUAUCAUCUGGAUGAUGAAGUAUUUGAUUUUAUCACACAACAUCUUCCUCGAUUAGUAUCAAUUAAUUUUGAAAAUUCAAUCGGUUUGAAUGUAAAAUCGAUUGCAAGAUUAGGCUCAAUGUCUAGGCUAAUACAUUUAAAUCUUUCUGGCUGUGAUAUCAAUGAGGAAACAUUAAAAUCUAUAUUGGAUAAUUGCACAAUUUUAGAAUCAUUGAACAUCAGUAAUAAUUGUUUAAUAACUGGCCAUUGUUUAACACAUUCUACAGUGAAAAAUUUAAAAAGACUAAACCUACAGGAUUGUUGGCGAUUGAGAUCCAGACGAUUGAUCGAUAUGGUUCGCUUUUGUUUGCCAAAUUUGAUCGAAAUCUUAUGCAACAGUGGUAUAGAUGAUAAAUCAUUGAAUGCCAUCACUUCAAAUUGUCCCAAUAUCAAUCAUCUGGACAUUAGUUUCGAAGAAUUCACCUAUUAUGAUGAAUCUGGUCUAAACUGUCUGACCGAUGUUGGAUUUUCUUCAAUUGCUCGAUUGAUACAUCUAAGGAUAUUGAGUUUACGUCAUGUUGGACGAAUAAGUGAUAAAUCUCUAAACGAAAUAAUCAAUUCCUGUACAGAAUUGAUGCAAAUAAUCCUGAAUCUUAGACAUCGUCAUAAAUUGACCGAUGCUCGAGCAUUACGCAAUAUUGGUACAUCAUGUCAAUAUCUAGUCUAUUUCGAAUCUGUACACAAUCAUUUUAUUGCCAAAAAUUCAAUCGAAUAUCUAUCAACAUUGACUUCAAGUCUUCAAAUAUUAAUAUUACGUGGAGAUGAGUUUAUCAGAGAUGAUGAAGCUGCUUUAUUGCUUAAAAGAUGUCAAAAUCUUCGACUUAUCAAUUUAGAUGGAUGUACGGAUAUCGGUGAGAAUACAUUGGCAUCUUGUAUUGUUCAUGCACGUAAACUAUUACGAAUUGAGAAUGAAAAUGCCAUGAAAAUAUUUCAAGCCAGUCUUGUGAUGACUGGUAUUGAACGAACAUUACUUAAUUCAUUUGUUAAUGAAUUUCCUGUGAAUCUACGAAUUCGAGCCUGUGAUUAUCGACGAAAUAAAGUUCAUUUCAAUGAAUUUGAUGGAACCGAGAUUGUCGAAUGCCAAUUAAAAGAGAAAUUUUUUCCAUUCUAUUGGCAUGAUUUUAAUUGAAAUGAAUUAGAAUAAUAAUUUUUUUUAUGAAA